AUGAGAUCCUCCGUGUCUUGCGAGAUAUGGACCGCCAGCGCGCCGAAGACCGAACCCGCCGCCGUGAAGCUCAAUCCCGAUUUGCUGCACAGACGCCGCCGCCCGCCACUCCAUCACCGAAACGACCUAGACAAGAGCAAGCGCCUCUCACUCCGCCGCCGACGCAGCCAAGGCGCUCCCCCCAAAAGACCCCGGCCGAUGCGAGAAACCGUUCAACUUCAACGAGACUCUGUCGAAUCCAUACUGCAUCACUACAACGCCACUUUCCGCGUCAAGGAGCAGGCAUCAUCGACAAGAUCAUGGUGCAACGAAGUUCCGGUUGCCCUCCAGGUAGAGGCUGCUAAAUCUUUCUACCAAGCGUUUACCGAGGAACGGACGUUGCCGAUUUCCCACUGCGUCUUCUGCUAUAGGAAGACACCGCCUUGCGAACUCGCCACCAUACAGUGGAGGGAUCGCUUGUCGCCCUCCAUGCUGCAGGCGACCAAGACUGUCCAAGAGUGUGGAGCGUGCCUUCCGUCACACGAGGGCGCCAGAGUUGACGUGUGCCGCGAGUGUCGCGCCGGCUUCGACAGUGGACGGCUGCCCAAAGCCUGCUCGGUCAACAACAUGGCCAUCGGUUGCGAACAUCGGUACCCCGAAGAGCUUGAUGACCUCUCCCCCGUUGAAGAGAGACUCAUUGCCCUGCAUGCACCUUUUGGCUAUAUCACCAAGUUCACGGUCGACAACGAGACCCGUUCGGGAAUCAGCUACCGCAAGCACGUGAAAGGACACAUCGUCGUCUUCCCGAACAAAGUGGAUGAUCUUGUGGCCACGGUUCUUCCUCAUCCCUUACUGCAGGCCAUUGAGAACAUCCACGUCUCUUGGAGCGGUCCGGGCAAGCCUGGCUCCGCAGACGUCAGACACCUGCUUCAAGUGCGCAAAUCUCGAGUGGCAGCUGCCCUGGCAUGGCUGCAAAGGAACAACCCGCUCUACGAGGAUAUCGCAAUUAACCAAGCAGAGAUAGAUGUCUGGCAGUAUGCCGACGGCUCCAGUGUUCCGACCGUCAUCAUGGACCGCAUGCGAAGGGAGGAACCGUCGACCGUUGAGAAGACACAAACGGACCACAUAGUCCCGGACACUGAUCGAGGCUUGGAGGAAAACAGCUUCAGAAGCAUCGAUGAACUGGUGAACUCGAUCAACCCCACUUUUGCGGCUGAAUCCUGCGAUUUAGAUCGUACUCUGUCGACCGAGCAGACUCAACCAUCCCCUGGUGAGCCGGCGACUCUUGUCCCCGACUCGGCUGCCAUCGGCCUGGAAGUUGACGCCGUCUGUGAGAUGUCUGCUUCCGGCAUGUUUCCUCUCAAUGGACCGGCUGCCUUCGCCGAGUCCGAUAAACUGUCGUUUCUGGCCGACAUCGUCAACGCCAAUCCGGAUCGACAUGGCAACUCUGUGCCACUUGAGCAAGCCUAUGCGAACUUGACCGAGGACCGGCUGAAGAGGGCCGAGGCGGAGAUGCGGGAGACAAGGACAACGUCGGACCCCGACAUAUCGCUCUUGCUUCGCGAGCUGUCGAUCUUUGGCCAUGCACAGCCGCUCUCGAACGAAUCCCGUUUACUUAUGCGGAGGAAGAUACAAGCUCUAGACAUCCGCGCCGAGGAGGUCAUGGCUAGCACCUCGGCUCUCACUGCGGCCUUCGACGACGAAUCCAACUUCAUCGCGUACUGUUGCCAAGUGCACUCCCACACGUACACCUGCCUCAAGUAUUCUCUCAAGGGGAUCGUCGAACAGGGGUUCACAGAGGACGGCCUGCUUCAGAUCCGGCGCAACCACCCACUCGUCAAUCGGUAUAACAAGUCAUUGGCGGUCGGCCUUCGCCAUAAUCACGACGUCUCGAUGAUCUUGACCAAAACCAAGGGCCUGGCCAUGGUGUACUACAUCACGAACUACGCCACCAAACUGGAAACGCCGAUGUGGAAACGCAUUGCUCUUGCCGCCGAGGUUGCCCGCCAACUUCGCGAAGCCGGUGGUACGAGGCUUCGCACGCCAGGUCCCACCCUACCCGACGACAGGCAGCAGGUAGUUUUGAAUGAAAGCCGUCAGUUCCUGAUGAGAACGGCAAAUCGGAUCUUCUCCGAGCGACAACUCUCGGCUGUGGAGGUCUGUUACCAUCUACUUGGAUAUGACACCGACUUUACCAACGUGCCGCAUUGGUCUUUCCUGAACCUGACGGCGCUCUACUGGACAAUCUUUCGGCUAUGGGCGCAUCUCCGCCAUCAGGCCGGCGAGCUCACGGACGCCGAACAGCCCCCGGAGACCAUCCCUCUGAGGCAAGGAGGGCGAACCCUUCUAUGCCUAGAUGUGUACGCCUACCGCGGUCAUGUUCUACAAGACUUAUGCCUGUAUGACUACAUGUCAAUGGUUCACUUGGGCUCCGACCGUGACGGCUGGAUGCAAAAGCUUCGACGGCCCGACCAGUACGCCGUCCCGAUCUUCCAAGGAUACAUCAGCGACGACCAUGAGGACGAUCACCCAGUGUAUGUUAAGCGAAAUUCUGUCCUACAUUUGGCGUUAUUCGUCCCUUGGGAAAACUUCAUUUCUGAGAGCCAAGGCGAUAUAACCAGCAUAUGGACGAGGCAUCGAGCGGGGCUUUGUCCUCGCCUCCGUUUCCAUGUCUCCAAUAUUUGUCUUUUGAGAAAGUCUGCCGAGGAUGCGCGCAAAGACGCGAAGCUCUGGGCCAGUCGAUCGGAGGGCAACGACACAAUUGACGUCGAGUACCCACUUGACGCUGGCCGCUGCGAAGAGGAGCCUCCAGCGAUGGCUCAUCGUCAGGCCUACAAAGCUCUACUCCAGAUUUUGCGAAAUGCCGUGCAGGAUACAGACGCCACGAAAGACUCACCCGUCCUUGGAGGUUUAAUACGCGAUCUGUGCGAAGAGAACCCGGCUGAAGAGGAGCAACCUUUUGUGCAACGUCAGGAGGAUUUGUACCGGAAUAUACCCCAUGAUCAAGGUGACGCCUUGUGCCAAUUUCCAAUAUCUCGAGACGAUGUCCAGGCAGCGGCCAAGGCCCAACAACUAUUGCAUCUUCGGAUGCUAGACGACAUUGAGGGUGGUUCUCAGGGGACCAUCCUUUCCACGGACGGCGCCGACAUCGACGAUACCCUAGCUCGCUACGGCGAUACGGAAACCACCAUUGCGCACCCGGGAAGUGACCUCAAUCAACAAGGGCCUCGAAUGCUUGUCGACGUCAGUCCGGUGACUAGCUUCGCGGAGAUGGGACACACCGCUGCAGCCACCUUCACACUGAACUAUCUACAAACCGUGGCCCUUCAACUUGUUUGCGCAUUUUUGGACAGGUAUACCGCUAAUCAGGACUCAGCCGGUCAACAUCUUCAAUAUACCGGCGGGCCGGGUGGCACAGGAAAGUCGACGAUUAUCGAUGCCCUGAAGGACGUGUUCGCGGCGAGGAACCAACCACAUCUUCUGCAGAUAACCGGCACAUCGGGCAGUUCGGCGGUCCAGAUUGGCGGCACGACGAUCCACUCGGCCUGUGGGUUAGAUUCCCAUCGCGAUCCAAACAAGCCGCCUCCCCCCUUUUCGGAGGCGAAGAAAUGGAUAUGGAAACAGAAGCUGGUACUCGUGAUUGACGAGGUCAGUAUGCUGGGAGGAGCCACUCUGCACAACGUCAGUCGCCACCUGCAGGCACUCCGUGACUGUCCAGACGAGCCGUUUGGUGGGAUGCCUGUCGUUCUACUGAUGGGAGACUUCUACCAGUUCGCCCCCGUGCGGGAAACAAGCCUCCUGAUCAACAGACCGCCGGACCGAACACAGACCCCCCUGCGACAAGCGACCAUCUCUCACCACAGCGGCUGCAGAUUGUGGCAUCUGUUCAAAACCGUUGUGCUCCUCGAAGACCAAGUCCGCGCACGCAACGAUCCCCAACUCCGCGCACUCCUGGAUCGAGUCCGUAACGGCCGGCAGACCCAGCAAGAUCUGAGCUUGCUCAAUGCCAACAUUGUAGGACGCUCCCAAAUCACCUUCCAUGACGCCGUCGUGGGCUGGGCGCGCUUCAACAGGCAGCAUAUCCGUAUCUUUGUCUCGACUCACACCUGGCGCAACGGCACGCUUUCUCCAAACAUCGUAGCGCGAACCAUAGGACAAGGUGACAACUCCGCUUGCAAGGUCCCCGGCGUCUUCUUCUACGCCCAGGGCAUGCCUGUGGUUGUGAACAAGAACAUCUACACUGGCUUGAAAGUUGUGAAUGGGGCCGACUUUACUGCCGUGGACGUAAUACUCGAUCCCAAUCACCCAGGAUACCACUUGGCGGAUGACGUGACCAUCCACUUCGGGCCACCGCUCGGCAUUCUUCUGCAGUCCGAGGAGACGAAGGCCUUGGCGAUACCGUCCCUCCCGGUGGGGACGGUACUCAUCCGCCCCAUGUCACAUACACUUGAUUUGACUAACUCUCACUUCAAAUUCUUGUCGGCAAGAUGCACGCGACGUGGAUUGCCCGUCGUACCAGCGUUCGUCCUCACCGAUUACAAAGCCCAGGGUAAAACGUGCGAUUUUACGAGCCUCUAUGUGCAACUGUCCAGGUGCACCUCGCUUCGGGGCAUCAAGCUUCUUGGUCCUGUGAGACAGCAUGAUUUCAUUGGCAAUGGGCUGGAUCCGGCCAUAAUUGAUGGAAUGCAGAGACUCAAGAACUUGGCCGCAGAAACGAGACGGUUAUACGAGGACCAGGGUUUCGAAAAGUAG